GUCACUAACGAACAUGAAGACGUUUCCUGUGUGCCUUCUGUUUACCACUGCACUGACUUUCAAGUGCACAUUCGGUCAAGAACAACCUACCGUCGCUCAUUCAAUCUGUAGUGGAAUCACAUAUGGAGUUCUUCCUGAUCCAACAAACUGCCAAAAGUACUACGUGUGCAUACAAACGAAGGCAACCCACAAUUCGUGUCCGCCGGAUUUUGUCUUCAGACCGAAUGUUUCUUUCUGCGUCCAUCGAACACAGUACCCUUGUUCGACCACCGAACCAGCUACGUCAACAGCAGCCAAUCCGGAGACAACUUCAAACUCCGACCCUAUCACAGAACAUCCAUCGACCCCAAGCGAAUGUCCGGAGACACCUUGGGAAGCGCACUUCUGCCGAAACCACAUUUCCGAUUUGAUCCGGAACCCAGUUAACUGCACCCAGUACAUAAACUGUGAAAGUUCACCUCCUCGUAACCAAGAAUGUCCAUCAGGUGGAGUGUUCAGCUUAUCGUACCAGGACUGCUUUCCCGGGAAUCCACGAACCUGCGAGCUUGACCCAGUUGAGUCAAACUUUUGCACCGAUAGACCCGCCGGGAACUAUCCACAUCCGUAUCUGUGCAACCGUUUCGUUACCUGUUUCCGUGGAGAGCUUCGAGUUGAGAUCUGCCCGCCGUACUAUCUGUUUGACAGAGCAGCGCAGCGAUGCAUCAGGGGCGAUGUGCAGCAGUGUUCCUCACUGGUUGGGUGAUGCAGAUAAAUCUAAUUAAAGAA